AUGGACCUGGCCGGCGUGUUCAUCAACAGGUUUAUUGCUGGAGUCCCGACUAAAAGGAAAACAAGCUAUUUAAAGACGGUCCGGCAGAGGAGAAACAAGUCCUUAAGAGAGUAUAUAGCCAGGUUCAACUUGGAGGCUUUGCAAAUACGAAAGCUUGAUGAGGCAAGAGCCAUCGAGACCAUGCAGAAGGGCACCACAUCCCUAGAGUUCUUUGGACUGCUGUGCAGGAAGCCGCCUACUACCUUGGUGGAGCUGAUGAAAAGAGUGAAAAAGUAUAUAAGGCAGGAUGACGCCUUAACCACUAGCAGAUUCGCCAAGAAAGCAGGAGACAUAGGAAAGGAUGGAGAGGAUAAGCGAUCAGACAGACUGAAAAGGAGGCAGGAUCAAGGGCCUGAAGCGUUGAACAGACACCGGUGGGAGAGGAAUGAGCAGAGACCCUAUCAACCUCAGAUUCCCGAGGUGAUCACUUCCCUGAAUGUGUCACGAGCCGAGGUGCUCGUGGCAGUCCAAGACAAAGACUUCAUACAGUGGCCCAAGCCGAUGAAGGCAGAAGCAAACAGGAGAGACUUGGAUAAGUAUUGCCAGUAUCUCCGGACUCAUGGCCACGAUAUAAAUGAUUGUUACCAGUUAAUAAAUAAGAUAGAGAGACACAUUAAGAGGGGACACCUUAGAAAUUUUAUGAAAAAGCCAGAGGGCCAUAGACCCGAGCAUAAUGUAAUGGAGGAAAAGCCCAGGAGACAAAUAGGGGGACCAAUGAAUAACGGCUCCAAUAGGAUAAUCAACAUGAUCGUAAGAGGGACUAGAGGGAAAAAAAUAAGCAGGAAUGGAGAGGGAAGCAGCUAA